GGGGGAAAGGACAAUGUUUGGUUAUGUAGAUUUAUAGUCAAAUAUGGUUGUUACCUAUUUUUUCUUUUUUUUUUUUACUGUUUGGCUGCAAAGCAGCCCCAGUCAAAAUAUUAACAACAUGAAAGAUGUUCUGGAUAUGAUACCUAAGACUCCCUAAAUGGUAUAAAAGAAAGAGAAUUUAACCUCCAACGUAUGAACUAAAAUUAUUAAAUAAUCAGUACAAAAAUGAUUUCGCCAUUACUAUUAUUUAUAUUUGUAUUUACCAGUGUUUUGGCCCGUCAACUCAGUGGAGUAUUCACUUCAUUUGAUUCUUUGACUUGGGAUAAUGCUGGAAAUUACCAAGUUUCUGCCCCCUCAUACCCUACUUGGAAUGCAAAAGUGAGUUGGGAGAUUGAUGGAUCUACUAUGAAAACUGGAGAUACAUUCAUCUUAUCUAUGCCAUGUGUUUUUAAGUUUAUUACCCCUGAAACCCAUAUAUAUUUGAAUACAACUAAUCCAGAUAAGGACUCUACUACCACAUUUGCUACAUGUGUACUUAGUCCAGGAGAUGUUAUUGUACCAUUUUCUGAAUUGCAAUGUACUUUGCUGGAUGAAGUAAAAGAUCUGACUUUGGCUUAUGGAUCUAUUACAAUCCCAAUGUCAUUUAAUGUUGGCUGGGCUGGACUGGAUACCGCAAUGAAGUGUGCUAAUAUGUUUAAGGAUGGACAAAACACCGUUUCCUUCACCGAUGGCAAUCGUAUUCUUUCUACUGAAGUAAAUUUUCAAGGAGGAUAUGGGCCUGAUGAUCCCAACAAUAUAGUACGUCAGGGCCGUAUAUCUCCAUUAUUAGAUGUACUGUUUCAAUUCUUUAUGGGAAAGAAUUGUCCAAAUGGCUACGAAUCUGGAACCUUGGGCAUUGAGCUUCAGACCCCCAAUGGUAAAUUUGAUUGCUCCAUGCAGGAAUCAGGAAUGAGUAAUAAAUUAAAUCCUUGGUAUUACCCUACAACUAUUGAACCAGUUGCAAUUAGUUCAACUUGUGAUGAGCAUUUAUUCAAAUUUGACUACGGAAGUGUUCCCGCGGGGUACCGGCCAUUUAUUUCUAUCCCUGCGAGAUUACCUCUAGGAGCGAGUCUAGUGGUGCAUUAUAUUGAUUAUUACCAAUGUAAAGGCGAGGAGAAACAAACAAAAAGAAAACUUCUGGCCAACUGGUUCAACUAUGAAAAUAGUAAUCCUUUGGCAGAUGGGAGAGAAAUUAUCGUAAAGACGCAAACCUAUACAGGUCUGGCUACUAGAUUAACUACAUUGCCAUAUAAUCCCGAUGCUGGCAGAACAAUGACCAUUGUUGUCGAAGUUCCAAUACCCACUGUUACUGUAACAAAAACAUAUGAAGGGAAAACAACUUCGUAUUCGACAAAGACAAUGCCACCUGGAUCUACUGCGACUGUUAUUGAAUACCAACCUGCAAUUAUGGUAACUGAAACCAGAACAUGGACUGGUUCUUUUACCCUGGUAGCUACGUUGCUGUAUGACCCCGAAACUGUUGAAACCAUCACUGUGAUUGUGGAUGUUCCUAUUCCUACUUUUACAUUGACUGAAAAAUAUGGCGGUGAAACUACUUCGUAUACCACUAUAACAGCUGAGCCUGGUGGAACAGCCACCGUAAUUGAGUAUCACCCACCUGAAACCGUCAUCGAGACCAGAACAUGGACUGGUACUGAUAUUCAAACAACCACAUUACCAUAUGAUCCUGAGGUUGACGAGACGGUUACUGUUGUUGAGCUAGUUCCCAUUCCUACUGUGACAGUAACAAGUACUUACGACGAUACUGUUACUUCUUAUACCACUGUGACUGCUGGUCCUGGUGAGACUGCCACGGUUAUUGAAUUUGUUCCUGGUCUUACUGCCACUACCGUAACUGAAACUAGUACGUGGACUGGUACUGAUACUCAGACAACCACGUUACCAUUCGAUCCUGAGGUUGAUGAAACUGUCACAGUAGUCGAAUUAGUUCCUAUUCCCACUGUCACCCUGACCACUAUGUAUCUCGGCUCCACGACAUCCUAUACUACGGUUACCGCUGAACCUGGAAGGACUGCCACGAUUAUUGAAUUUAUUCCCGAAGAAGAGCAAAUACCAGGUUUACUUCAUACUGUGACUAGAACUAGAACAUGGACUGGUACUAGCACUCAGACGAUCGUGUUGCCAUACGAUCGUGAAGUUGACGAGACGGUUAUUGUAAUUGUAGAAGUCCCUAUUCCCACUGUCACUGUUACCAGUACUUAUGAUGGUACUAUUACUUCUUACACAACGGUUACGGCGGAGCUUGGAGAAACUGCUACGAUUAUUGAACUUGUUCCUGAAGAGAAGCCCCAACCAGGUUCCCUUGACUAUGUGACUGAAACUAGUACGUGGACUGGCGCCGACACUCAGUUUACUACCUUACCUUACGACCCUGAAGUCGACAAAACGGCUACUGUUGUGGAACUAAUUCCCAUUCCCACUAUUACUGUUACUAGCACCUAUGAUGGCACUAUUACUUCUUACACAACGGUUACGGCGGAGCUUGGAGAAACUGCUACGAUUAUUGAACUUGUUCCUGAAGAGAAGCCUCAACCGGGUUCUCUUGACUAUGUGACUGAAACUAGUACGUGGACCGGCACUGACACUCAGUUUACCACCUUGUCAUAUGACCCUGAAGUCGACGAAACGGUCACUGUUGUUGAGUUGAUUCCCAUUCCUACUGUGACAGUAACAAGUACUUACGAUGGUACUGUUACCUCGUACACAACCAUCACUGCUGAACCUGGUAAGACUGCUACGGUUAUUGAGCUUGUUCCUGAAGAAAAACCUGCACGUCGUACACUUGACUAUGUGACUGAAACUAAUGGUACUAUUAUUUCUUACACCACUGUGACUGCUGGACCCGGUGAAACUGCUACGAUUAUUGAACUUGUUCCUGAAGAGAAGCCUCAACCGGGUUCUCUUGACUAUGUGACUGAAACUAGUACGUGGACCGGCACUGAUAUUCAAACAACCACGUUGCCAUAUGAUCCUGAGAUUAAUGAGACUAUUACUGUUAUUGAGCUAGUGCCUAUCCCCACUGUGACAGUAACAAGUACUUACGAUGGUACGGUUACUUCUUAUACCACUGUGACUGUCGAGCCUGGUGAAACUGCUACUGUUGUUGAAUACCAUCCUGGUAGUGAAAGUGGAGAGCCUGGCGAGACUGGUGGACCUGCUGAAACUGGAGAACCUGGAGUUCCUUCUCUUGAUACUGCUACUGCAACAAGAACAUGGACAGGAAGCUUCACUCAGACGACAACCUUACCAUAUGACCCUGAAAUUGAUGAAACUGUAACUAUAGUUGUAGAAGUUCCAAUUCCUACUGUGACACUGAGUACUAUUUACGAUGGAUCUACCAUUUCGUACACUACUGUGACAGUUGAACCAGGUGAAACGGCUACUGUUAUUGAGUACCAUCCUGGUGUUGACACUGGUAGACCUGUUGGUACUGGAGAACCAGGAUUAACAGCCAUGACUGUAACUGCAACAAGAACAUGGACAGGUAGUUUCACCCAGACUACUACAUUACCCUAUGAUCCUGAAAUUGACGAGACUGUUUCUAUCCUUGUGGAAAUUCCUAUUCCCACAGUGACUCUGAGUACGACCUAUGAUGGCUCCACGAUUUCGUACACUACGGUUACCGCUGAACCUGGAGGGACUGCCACGAUUAUUGAAUUUAUUCCCGAAGAAGAGCAAAUACCAGGUUUACUUCAUACUGUGACUAGAACUAGAACAUGGACUGGUACUAGCACUCAGACGAUCAUGUUGCCAUACGAUCGUGAAGUUGACGAAACAGUUACUGUCAUUGUAGAAGUUCCUAUUCCUACCGUUACCGUUACCACUACUUACGGCGGUACUGGUACUUCGUAUACUACUGUUACUGUUGGUCCCGGUGAAACUGCCACGGUUAUCGAAUUAGUUCCCGAGGAAAAACCUGAACCAGGUGAACUUAAUACCGUGACUAAUACAAGUACAUGGACUGGCACUGACACUGAAUUGACUACGUUCCCAUACGAUCCUGAGGUUGACAAAACAGUUACUGUUGUUGAACUAGUUCCUAUUCCUACUGUCACCCUGAGUACAACUUAUGAUGGUUCCACUGUUUCGUACACUACUGUGACAGUAGAACCUGGCGAAACUGCUACUGUGAUUGAGUUCCAUCCUGUUGAUGAAACUGGACAACCCAGAGGUCAUUCUCCUGACACUGCUACUGAAACAAGAACAUGGACAGGAAGCUUCACUCAGACGACAACAUUACCUUAUGAUUCUGAGAUUGAUGGAACUGUUUCCGUCGUUGUUGAAGUUCCUAUUCCGACUGUGACGCUGACUACGGCGUAUGAUGGAAGUACCAUCUCGUAUACUACCGUAACAGCAGAACCUGGAGAAACAGCUACUAUUAUUGAGUAUCAUCCUAGUGUAUAUACUGGCAAAGCGGAAAUAUUAUCAGGAUGGGAACUGCAACUUGAAGCUGAAAAUCCAACUUCAUCUCACGAAUUCUCUGGAAACAAGGAAGAAGUUACCAUACAAGAACUACAAGAAACACAAACUGAACAGUCUAUUAUAUCUGAACAGCUACUAGAUACUGAAGGGUCUCUUGAAACUGAACAUCUCAUUGAAACUGAAGAACAAAGUGGAACCGAGGAAGUACUUCCCACAACAAUACUCCAAAAUUUGCCAACUGAAAAGCCAUUUGAAACCGAAGAAUCUCCUGAAAGUAAAGCAAUAACUUCAACAGAAAUGCUUCCAAGAAUCCAAGUACUUUCGGAGUCUGUAAUAGCCCUGGAAAUGGAACAACCAGAUUAUUCAGAAGAAUAUACUAAAAACCAACCACCACCAUCCACAGACUUAUCUUUUGACAACGAAAUCCCAGCCCAAACUCACGUAUCAUUCGUGACUGAACAAGCUGCAGAGAGUGGAGCUCUUGGGGUUGACACAGUUACUGAGACAAAAACGUGGACCGGUGAAUUUACACAGAUAUACACUUUAUCAUUUGAUCCUGAGAUUGCAGAGACAAUAACUGUAAUUGUUGAAAUUCCUAUUCCUACUGUGACAAUUACCAGUACUUAUGAAGGGUCUACUAUUUCAUAUACUACAUUUACCGCUGAUCCAGGUGAUACUGCUACUGUGAUCGAGUUUCAUCCUGAUGAAAAGACUGGUGAGGUUGAAAUUUCACCAGGAUGGGAACAGCCAUUUGAAACUGAAUCAGUACCUGAGUCAGAAGAACAAUUUAGAACUAUGGAAGGAUCGGCAUAUGUGCUUCAAGAAACCCAAAUUGUCCAACCAGUUGCAACCGAGCAAGUAUUGGAGAUUGAAGAAACCUUGGAAACUAAGGAGGUAAUAUUUACAGAAGCCAUCCCAGAACCUCAAAUGCUUUCAAAUACCGAAAUAUUCUCGGAAACACUACAACCAUAUAACACAGACGAAGUAGUUGAACCACAAGUACUAACAGCAACAGAAGUACCAUUAGAUACUGAAAUCGUAGACCAAUCUGAAGUUUUACCGGUGACUGAAACAGAAGGGGAAACUGGAUCAUACGCAGUAGACACGGUAACCGAAACCAGAACAUGGACUGGUGUGUUUACUCAGCUGUAUACUUUGUCAUUUAUUCCAGAAGUAGAUGGGACUAUCACAGUCAUUGUUGAAGUUCCAAUUCCAACAGUAACUGUGACCACUACAUAUGCCGAAUCUAUUACUUCUUAUACCACAAUUCUUGCUGAACCAGGAGAUACAGCUACUGUUAUUGAAUACAUCCCAGUAGGUGAAACUGAAGAGCCAGCUGAAAUUGAAGAACCUAUUUUAACUCCGUCUGGUGGAUUCCUAGAUACUUUAACUACAACAAGAACUUGGACUGGUGAUUUCACUCAACUGAUAACAUUACCCUUUGAUCCCCAAAUUGAUCAAACAAUGACCAUUAUUGUGGAAAUUCCAAUUCCCACUAUUACAAUUACCACUACAUACGAUGGAGAUACUACUUCAUAUACUACAGUUACUGUAGAACCCGGAGAGACUGCCACUGUUAUAGAAUAUGUUCCUGAUGACGAAGGCGAAAUUAUUCUUGAAACACAAAACCCUAAUAAAACAGAGGAACUUUGGACACCUUUAACAGCUAGUGAAGCCAAGAUAGGUUCAAUUGAUACUGUUACAGAAACACACACAUGGACUGGAGAAUUUACAAAACUUAGAACAAUAUCCUAUGAUCCCGAAAUUGAUGAAACUGUUACCGUUAUUGAGGAAGUUCCUAUUCCAACUGUCACUGUCACUUCCACUUAUGAUGGGUUUACUACUUCAUAUACUACAAUUAUAGUUGAACCAGGUGAAACCGCUACUGUGAUUGAGUUUGCUCCUGAAAUGGCAACCGAGGAACCUAUAAAAACUGGUGAAGUUGGAAUACGCUCUCUUGUUACUAUAACUGAAACAAAAACUUGGACUGGUGCUUUCACUCAGAUCACUACUUUACCAUAUGAUCCAGAUAUAGACGACAAUAUUACUGUUAUUGAAGAAGUUCCUAUCCCUACAGUAACAAUGACCACUACUUAUGAUGGUUCCACAAAUUCGUACAGUACCGUUACAGUUGAACCAGGAGAGACAGCUACUGUGAUUGAAUAUGUUCCUGUUCUUGAAAGUGGGGAACCAAUUGUCACUGGUGAAUAUAUCGAGAGCGGUAUAAAUAUUGAAUCUGGUGAACCUAUUACAAGUUUUGAAAAUGUUGAGACAAGUGAACCUAUCGAACCUGGCGAGCCAUUUGGAAGAUCUCUCAAUGUUGUGACUGAGACACGAACAUGGACCGGUUCAUUUACCCAGCUGACAACCCUACCAUUUGAUUUUGAAGUAGAUACCAUAAUGACCAUCCUCGUUGAAGUUCCAAUGCCUACAGUAACCAUCACAAGUACAUAUGACAAGUCAUUUGUUACUUAUUCUACCAUGACUGCCGAACCUGGUGAAACAGUUACAGUAAUUGAAUUCGUUCCUGGAAUCGUUGAGAUGGGUAUUUCUCUUGAAAGUGGUGUUGUUCUUGAAAGUGGUGUUCCUGAAAGUGGUGUUCCUGAAAGUGGUAUUCCUGAAAGUGGUGUUCCUGAAACUGAUGUUCCUGAAACUGGUAUUCCUGAAAGUGGUGUUCCUGAAACUGUUGUUCCUGAAACUGGUGUUCCUGAAACUGGUGUCACUCCUGAUACUGAUGUUCCUGAAACUGGUGUUCCUGAAACUGGUAUACAUGUGCUUGGGACGAUUACUGAAACCCAUACAUGGACGGGACUUUACACUGAAACCACCACAUUACCAUUUAAUCUAGAAGUGGAUGAGACUAUCACAGUAAUUGUUGUAGUUCCUAUUCCAACUGUCACAAUAACGAGCACGUAUGAAGGUUUAACUACAUCAUAUACUACAAUUGUCGCUGAAUUAGGACAAACUGCCACGAUAGUUGAGUUUGUUCCUGAAAAUGGAAGUGUCUUUGAAUCAAGUAUACCUGCUGAAACCAUAAAAGCUGAAACAGCCACAAUUCCUGAAAAGCCCGGUGUGCAUUCCUUUGAUACUGUUACUGAAACAAGAACAUGGACUGGGAUAUAUACUCAUCUGACAACAUUACCUUAUAACCCGGAGGUGGAUGAAACAGUAAGUGUAAUUAUUGAAGUUCCAAUUCCAACCGUGACCGUGACUACUACAUAUGAUGGAUCUGUUACAUCAUACACUACAGUUCUUGCAGAGCCCGGACUAACAGCCACUGUUAUUGAAUUUAUUCCAGAUGGUGAAGAGUCUGUUGGACGAAUCAUUGACAUUGUAACUGUGACUAGGACCUGGACUGGAACAUUUACUCAACUUACUACCUUACCAUUUGAUCCUGACAUUGAUAAAACUAUAAGUGUUAUUGUUGAAGUACCAACUCCAACUGAGACCAGAACAACUACAAAUGAUGGAAUUGGUACGUCAUAUACUACGGAAAGUGCUAAAUCUGGACAAAAUUCCACUUUUAUUGAGCUCCAUCCAAGUCCUGAAGGAUUAACUCUAAGUUCUGAAAACACCGGUGUUAGUCUUGCCACCACAACUGAAACAAGAACUUGGACUGGGCUGUUUACUCAAGAAAUUACGUUACCUUUUGAUCCUGAUAUUCAUAAAACUAUUACUAUAAUUGUGGAAAUUCCAAUUCCUACUUUGACAAUUACAACUGUUUAUGAAAGGAUAUCAACUUCAUAUACCACUAUCUCUGCAAAACCAGGAGAGACCGCUACUGUGAUUGAAUACCACCCUGGUGCACCACCUACUGGUGUUAUCCUGACUGAUGAUAAAGGAGGAUUACAUCAUGUUACUAUUUCUAGAACAAGAACUUGGACAGGUAUGAUUACUCAGACUAUUACCCAGCCAUUUAAUCCUGAUAUGGAUGAAACUAUUACUGUAUUCGUGGAAGUACCAAUCCCUACUGUUAGUGUAACCAGUAAAUAUGAUGGAAAUGUAACUUCGUAUUCUACCAUUACUGCUAAUCCUGGUCAAACAGCUACUGUUAUUGAGUAUAUCCCUGGACUGGCACCUCCAACUGGGGAAAGUGUGCCCCGAAAACUUGUCACAGUCACUUCCACUAGAAUGUGGACAGGUUUAACUGCUCGUACAAUUACAUUACCAUUUAAUUCCAAAAUUGAUGGAACUAUGUCUGUUAUAGUAGAGACUCCAAUUCCUACAGUUACCGAAAGAAGUACAUAUAAUGGACAAAGUAAUUUGUUCAAGACUGUCACAUCAGGUGUUGAAAAGACUGUGAUAGUUACUGAAUACUACACUAGACCAGGACCUGGAUUACCUGGCACAAAUUUCGUAACCAGAAGUUAUAAUAGUAAGACUACUAUAAUAUCUACCGUGCCAUUUAGAUCCGGAGUUGACAAUUCCAAGACUGUUAUUGUGCAAGUUCCGGUGCCUACUGUUACUACAAGGAGCACAUAUAGUGGAAAGGUCACUAGUUAUAGUACUCAGAGUGCAAAUCCCGGUUCAACUGCUAGAGUUAUUGAAUAUGUUCCUCAGUCUGCCGGUGGUGCUGGUGGUGCUGUUGGAUCUCCUGGUGGAGGCGCUGGAGCACGUCAGCCCAGAACCAUUACUCAAACUUCGAAAUAUUCUGGCCAAACUAGAAGAACCUCUACUUUACCAUUUAAUUCCAAGGUUGACUCAGCAAAAACCGUGGUUGUUCAAGUUCCGAAUCAAGUGACAGAUACGAGAACAUACAAUGGCAAGACUGUUUCGUAUAGUACACGAGCUGGGAAAGCAGGCGCACCGGAUACUGUGCUUGAAUAUCGUCCAGUAGAUCAGGGUAGUACUAAACCUACAAGCCGUCAAGGUUCUGGAAUAGGCACAUCUUCGGCAUUGAGGAAUGGAAGCGAAAGAGGAAAUACAAGAGGAAUCUCAGUCACACCAGGGUCUGGAACUAUGGUUGGGAGAAGUAGUGCUCUUGAAGGAAGCGGCAAUGGUUGGGCUACUUCCCAGACACUUAGAAGCGAAAGAACAGGAGAAGCUGCAACUGGAAGAGGUAGUGGUCAAGAUACAUCUAGAGGAGAAGAUAGUAGAAUUGGUGGAACGGUACCACCAGAACUUAUUUCUGCUGAUUCGGGCCGAGAACUGUCUUCUGGUGUAUCUAAAUUGAUUGUUGUUUUGGCUGGUGUAUUUAAUGUGAUUGUUUUCACAUUUUAGUUGACUUUAUUGUUUGAGAUUUUAUUUAUAUUUAUAUGGUCUGUUCUUUAUAUUUUAAUAUUUAUGAAUUUUUACGUUGUUUUAUUUAAUAACUAGGUAGUAGUGCUAAUAUAGCAGACCUAUAUCUCUAGGUUCUGUAUUGGCAGCAUAAGAGGGUAAUCUGACAAGAAAUGAUAAUUACACACAUUUUUCGUUUCUCAUCAUUAUCUUACCAAGUAGUUGUCCCAAUCACUAGUUAUAAACUUUUGGUCUAUGAGUUGACUAUUCACUAUAGUGAUGAC